AUGGCUCUGCAGGCGGUGAAUGUGAGUGUGGUGGAGGUGUUGGGCUGUGCGGAGCAGGGGAACCUCAGCAUGGAAGUUACCGACUACAAUGUCAGCUGCACCAACAGCUCCGUCCUCCCCAGACCGACCACAAGAACCAAAGAGAUGGACUCGCUGCGCAUCCUGCUCUACACCCUCAUCUUCCUGAUCAGCGUGUUCGGCAACCUGCUGAUCAUCAUCGUCCUGAUGUUGAACAAGCGCAUGAGAACCGUCACCAACUCCUUCCUGCUUUCACUGGCGGUCAGCGACCUGAUGAUGGCCAUCUUCUGCAUGCCGUUCACCCUCAUCCCCAACAUCCUGGAGGACUUCAUCUUCGGAGCAGCCAUGUGCAAGAUUGUCACAUACUUUAUGGGGAUCUCUGUCAGUAUCUCCACCUUCAGCCUUGUGGCCAUUGCCAUUGAGAGAUACAGCGCCAUCUGUAACCCACUGAAGUCCCGGUCGUGGCAGACCCGAUCCCAUGCCUACCGCGUCAUCGCUGCCACCUGGGUGGUGUCGCUGCUAAUCAUGGUGCCCUACCCAGUGUUCAGCGCCCUCAAGACUUUCCCCAAGACUAACGGUACUGUCGGACACAUGUGUCGCCUGGACUGGCCCAGCAGGGAAGCUGAGCAGACCUGGUAUGUCCUGCUGCUGAUCACUCUGUUCUUCAUCCCGGGAGUGGUGAUGAUUAUAGCCUACGGUCUGAUCUCCAGAGAGCUCUACAGAGGCAUGCAGUUUGAGCUGGGCCAGAGCAGAGAGACCACUGGCCAGAAGAACGGCGUAGCAAGGGGUGUUGCAGGGGCAAACGAUGAUGACGAUGGUUGUUAUAUCCAGGUGUCCAAAAAGCCCCCUUCUGCUGUGGAGCUCCCCACCCUCUCUGCCUCGUCUGGUGCCACCCAGGCCAAGACUGAGCGCGCUCGCAGCAACACCUCAGAGGCCAAGCUGCAGGCCAAGAGAAGAGUUAUACGCAUGCUGAUGGUGAUCGUGGCACUCUUCUUUAUCUGCUGGAUGCCACUGUACUCAGCCAAUACCUGGAAGGCUUUUGAUCUAAAGUCAGCCUCCAAAGCCCUCUCAGGAGCACCCAUCUCCUUCAUCCACCUCCUGUCCUACAGCUCGGCCUGCGUCAACCCCAUCAUUUACUGCUUCAUGAACAUGCGCUUCCGCAAGGCCCUGCUGUCUACCUUCGCCUGCUGCUGUCGCAACUGGCUCUGCCGCCAGUGUUGGUGGUGCAGGAAGAGGGAGGCAGGAGAAGAUGGCAUCACCGCCACCUCCAUGGCCACAUCGAUGGCCACCUCCAUGUCCAAGUUCAGCUACACCACCGUCAGCACCACCGGUACCUGCUGA